GUUUAGGACAACACUCGUGGAGACGACGACGGUCCGUCACGAUCAGCAAGUCGACACCGAACGGAAGACUGCGAUAAGCCUCUCAACAGUGCUUAUCUUUAUCGCUUUAUUGCACCACAACUCAUCGGGACCUCAGCAUUGCCCGUGGACGCACCUCUCUCGGCUCCAGCUCCACCCUUUCCGAAUCCAUCUCCUGAGGAUGGCUCAAAGCAUCCCUACAAAAGAACAAUCCGUUUCAGCUGCUACAUCUCAGAUCAACACCCCCAACGCAACUCCUCCUACGUCUGGCCCGUACCUCCCUUGGACCGCAUUCACUGAAGGUCGUCUUCAACAAUUGUUGGCUCAUUUUGACUCUGGAACACACGAAUUCGAUCGCGCAGAUAGAGAAACGCCUUUCGAAAAGCGAAUGUCGUGGAGCGAAGAUUUCCCCAAUACCCCCUCUCAGCACCAAAGCCAGUCCUCAUCCUCCCGUCGUCCGUCUUUCCUCUCUUCCUUGAGCCUCACUAGAUUUGGAGCUGUCCCUCAGCCUUCCUCAAAUCCAGCUUCUGGGAAUAACACUCCCGCCCAUACACCCGUCACCAGUACUCAUCCAAACCUUCCAUCCUCCCUACAAAUGACCAACACCGUAGCACCUUCCUCAUCAUCACCUUCUCCUACUGCCGACCCAAUUCAGCGUCCCCACUCUACACCCAACAUGUCUUCGUCUACUGCUCCCACAGACUCGGUCAUCGAAAGUCUGAAACGAACCAGUCCUGUCGCUUCUGCACCUGGAGACCAACAUGCGCCGGCCCCGGCCCCGACGAUGAUGAUGCAGCGAUCUAAUACGCUGCCCGGAAACAAGACCCAAGGGGCUCUUGGUUUCAGCUUCUUGCAGCGAAAAGCUAGUAUCGGACAAGGGCUUGGUGCGAAACCUCUCAUGGCGGGACUCGAAACCAUCGACUUGAACCAGGAGCCUCAGAGACACUUUGACCCGUCAAAAGAACCUCGAUUGCACGGGCUUUUGUAAGCGGAGCCAGCUCGACUCCCUGAUCCACCAAUUGUGUAUAUUAGAUUUAGAUUUUGUCACAUACUACUAUACACUGCCAUCUAGAGUGUCCACAGCGACCU